UGUCAGACUCGGUUGCGUCGUAACAGAAACACUAUCAAUCAUCGCGACAACCAACAGACUUGAGAAUUUGCCAUUCACCACCACCUACCGUCUACAGCACCCCCCGUCAAAUCUUGCACCCUUUCAAAUAAGAAGCUCGAGAUUCACAGCCCACCAUGCCUCUCGUCGUGCCAGGCAUCAUGACCAACUCGGACGACAAGACGCAGGAAUGGGCCAACAAGCUCGUCGGCAAGACGUACUCUGAAAACGAGUCCAACGAGACGCGGGAUCUGCCAGAGGUGCACCGCAUCAUCAAGCCCGGCUCCAUUGUGACAAAGGACUUUAGGCCGGAGAGGUUGAAUAUUCACUUGAAUGAGGAUGGGACCGUGUCGCAUGUGCGGCAUGGCUGA